UCACAUGACUGCUGUCUUGUGACAGAACAGAUAACAGGACAAUUCGUUUGAACAAUUACACAAGCGUUAAAGCUUAUUCCGGGCUCGUUAUGGCGUCUUUUAGCGUGUAAAUAACUAUUAUCUACACUCCUUUCCUCGUGCGCGUGCUUUGAGCAGCGUGGAUCACUCGGUUACAAAGUUGGCGCAUGGAGGAAGAGGAGGAAGAGGAGGAGGAAAAUUAGUUGCAGUUUUCUUCGUCGUGUUUGCUUUUGUUUUGCUCGCUGUUCUAGUCGCUACGUGUCGUGUGACACUUGACCAAACGAAUAGUGAAAGAAUUGAAUAGUCUGAGAUACUAUAUUUAUAUAAAUAUAUAAAACAUAUCCGUGACUAUAUAUAAAUAUAUAUACAUAUAUAACAUUGCUUUUUUGUGUAAAGAGCACACAACAUUCCGUCGGAUAUGGAUAAUAAACCUCUUAUUCAGGAUAGACCGCCUGCGUACAACACCGUCCCCGGGGCUUAUAAUUACCAGCAGCCGCAGCCGGGGUACGGAGCGAUCCCUCAACCUGCUCCUGCACCUGCAGCCUUUCCAGCACCUCCUCCACCAUACACGUUCCCCUCUGCACAAGGUCACCCAGCAGCUCCCGCCCAGGCUGCAGCCACAGGGAAUCCGGCAAACUAUACGAGCACGUAUACCAUCAUUCAGCCCUCAGUGGUGGUGGUAGGAGGAUGUCCAGCCUGCAGGGUGGGUGUGCUGGAGGAGGACUUCACCUGUUUGGGGAUCAUGUGUGCCAUUUUCUUCUUCCCGCUGGGCAUUCUCUUCUGUUUGGCCCUGCGGCAGAGGAGGUGUCCCAACUGCGGAGCCACUUUCGGCUAGACAGACCAAACCACAGCCACGUCUUGCGGCCCAUUUAGCCAUCGCUUGGGUUCUUUUUUUUUUUUUCCUUUUUUUUUUAAAUCCAUGUUUUACAUGUUUAAAAAUGCAAAUCAUGCAUACUAUGAUAUCCCAAUUUAUAAUAGCAAGUUGCCAUACGGUUUCUCAGGUACUUUUUCAAGUAUUAGCCAAUGAGAAAGCAGCUUCACUUUUGUAUUAUGAAAUGCAUUAUCAACCUUUUAGUUUAAGUUUCGUUCUGCCUUUUUAUAAAUUGUGUAAGCCAGACGUCCUGUCAUCGACUCACUGGUGCCUUUAAAACAGCAAAACAGCUGCGAUUUAGAACCGCAGAAGAAAGGAGACAUUAAAGAGAAUAAAUGAACAAAAGAAAAGAUGAUCACCAUUUGAAUCCUCUUGAAACCUCUUAAUCACGUCUCAAUCACGAUUACAUACGAUAAUCGCUUUUUUUUUUCAAUGAUUUCUUUUAAUCGACUAAGAAUUCUUGUCCCGACGAGGACUUCCUGUCCUGUAUUUGUACGAGACGAGGAUCUGUGCUUCCUGGCGCCUUGCUUUUGUGUGGGGUUGGGAAUCAGUGCCACAUCUCAUCAGCCUCAUUCACAGAACAAAAACAUGCUCUUCUCCUA